ACAUUAGACGCCAUCUUGAAAAUCACAGCCUAAUCACAAAACCAGAGGCGCAUCGGAAACAAUUAUUCCGGGAGUAAUUUAGAAUGGAAGUGUGUGUCGACUCUGUGCUAUCCGCCAUAAAUGCAGAGAAAGGAGGCGCCAUACGCGUGGAACUUUGUGCCAAUCUGUCAGAAGGGGGGACAACUCCUACCUCGGGAAUGUUGAGAACCAUAAAGAAGUAUGUAAAGAUUCCGGUGUUUGUGAUGAUAAGACCCCGAGGAGGUGACUUCCUGUACAGUCAGGAGGAAGUCGAGGUCAUGGAGGCAGAAGUGGUGGAUCACAAACGAGCGGGAGCGGACGGUUUUGUUUUUGGCUUCCUGAAAGAGGAUGGUACUGUUGACAAGGAGUUGUGUUCAAAAUUCUUGGAAUUAACCAAGCCCUUACCAGCAACAUUUCAUAGAGCUAUAGACAUGACAAGUGACAUUCUGCAGGCUUUGGAUGAUGUGGUGGAUCUAGGAUUUCAGCGAGUGUUAACGAGUGGAGGAUCCUCUUCUGCUUUAGAAGGAUUACCCAUAAUUCAGCAGAUGGUUUUAAAGGCUGACAAAAGAAUAUGUGUGAUGCCAGGUGGAGGUAUUAAUUCAGGGAAUGUGGACAGAAUUUUAGAUGGUUGUGGAGCUAAAGAAUUUCACGCAUCAGCUCGAUCAACUGUCCAUUCCAGAAUGCAGUUCAGAAAAGAGGGCAUCUCCAUGGGAGCUUCUCUGUGUCCUCCAGAAUUCAGUGUGAAGGUCACAGAUGAGGUCAAGGUUCAGAAUCUUGUACAGAAACAACAGUGUAAUAAAAAGUGACAAAAAAUUUAUGUAGUAAUUUUUUUUUCAAUAAU